GCUUUGUAUUUCUCCUCGAUGUCCUUUGCCAAUCACCUCUCCAGCCAAAUUAUCGCUGUUUCACUUUAUUAUCUUAUCUCGAUCAACGUCUCGAUCCCAAAUCUUUCUCGUUGUAAAGCAAUAUUAAAUUGGCUUCUAUCUUUAAUUCAAUUUUAAUCCAAGCGAAUUAGGAAAUUCAGAGCUAAAAAAGCAAUGGGUCCUGAAUCGAGCUCGUCAACAACAACAUCGACGUCAUCCCCAAGCGCGAAACGAAGCAGAGAUCCCGAAGAUGAGGUUUAUCUUGACAAUCUCCACUCUCACAAGCGUUAUCUCAGUGAGAUAAUGGCGUCUAGUUUGAAUGGAUUGACUGUUGGGGACCCCCUUCCUGAAAAUCUCAUGGAAUCUCCGGCUAGGUCUGAAGGCAUGUUCUAUUCCAGGGACGAAAUGUCAUGGCAAUGUUCACCAAUGUCAGAAGAUUCAGAUGACUCAAGAUUUUGUGAGACGCCUAUGAACACUUGCUUAUCCCAUUCUGACAGCUUGCCCACUAGUCCUGUUUCCCCGUAUAGGUAUCAAAGACCACUGAAUGGUUUCUGCUCCCCUCCUUCAACUAGUUCAUACCCUUCUCAUGGGAAUGUCAGUGCUGUUGCUAGUUCACAGCCUCGCCAAAGAGGCUCAGAUACAGAGGGCCGGUUCCCAUCCUCACCAAGUGAUAUUUGCCACUCUGCUGACUUAAGGAGGGCGGCACUCUUGCGUUCUGUACAGAUGAGAGCACAGCCUUCUGCUCUGUCAUCAUUUGAAUUGCCAUUUGGUUCAGGCCAAGAGAACGUGCCUAAUAUUGAAGUUGAGGACCGGCCAUGCUCGUACAUGAAGUCCUUAGUUGAUGAUAGAGAAUAUCAGAUUGAAGAGUGUUCUUCAUUGGGUAUCUCAGAGCCUGAAUUUAGUCAAGAUAAUUCUUGCAGAGUGUCAAAUAUGAAUUUGAAAGGGGAUGAAUCUAGGGAUUAGAUGCUUUGAGAAAUGACUGAUGAAAACUGGCUCCAACCUCAUUUUGGAUAUAACUUUUUAAGUGUAGAAUUGGACCCAUUUGUGGAGCUUGUAAUAGAUUUUGCAGAGAGUGAGUCGGACAGCCAUAAUUUUUUGGUUCAUCAUCAACAGCAUCAGAGCUAUGAGUUUGCAUCUGCUGUUCUUAUGUCCAGAACAGAGAGUAGGCUAUUUCAGUAAUGUGGCAGAACUUUUCAUCACUAGAAGUAUCCCUGCAUAAUUUGUUUACUCUCUGUUGGACCAAAGCCCCCUUUGUAAAUCAGUGUACAUCUUGUUAUGCUUUAAUAUCUGCCAAAACUCUUUGAUAAGUA